AUGUCAAAGAAAGUCAAGACUGUGGCAGCGACGAUAAAGUUGGUCAUCAAAGCUGGUCAAGCCAAACCAGCCCCCCCAGUGGGCCCAGCCUUGGGACAAGCUGGUCUGAACAUCAUGAAUUUCUGCAAAGAUUUUAAUGCAAAAACUGCAGACAUGAAGGACGACGCGCCAAUCCCUGUACUACUAACCGCCUACAGUGACAAGACCUUUGAGUAUGUCAUGCGCACACCACCUGCAAUGUAUUUCAUAAAGAAGGCAGCAGGCCUGGACAGUGCCAGUCAGCGGCCUGGUCAUCAGACAGCGGCCACAAUCUCAGCGAAGCACAUCUACGAGAUUGCCCAGAUCAAGCACAGGGACCUCGAGAAAAACAUCCCCCUGGAGUCUGUUUGCAGAAGCAUUGUGGGCACAUGCAAAAGCAUGGGCAUCAAAGUCAUCCCAAAGCCAGAGCAAACGUUGUGA